UCGUCAAGACCCCAAAAAACAGUGGCAGUUCAACAACGCACCGCGUCCGGGCUGAAAAUCCACCACAACUAUGUAACGCUAUGCAUCAUACGCGAGACAUGUUAUAGUCCUCAGAACGAACCAAUCACGUCUCAUGUAACUGAACCGUUUAUCACAGAGAGCUCGUGCGCCAGGAAGUGUGUGAGAGAGGGAAGACUGCUCGAGAAGAACAAUGGGUGUUGAAGUGCAAACCCUAAAGCCUGGAGACGGAGUGAAUUUUCCGCAGAGGGGGCGGACGGUUACUGUCCAUUAUGUUGGAACACUGACAAAUGGAAAAAAGUUUGACUCCUCCAGGGACCGGGCAGAACCUUUUCAAUUUAAAAUUGGUAAAGGUGAAGUCAUCAGAGCCUGGGAUGAGGGUGUAGCUCAGAUGAGUGUUGGUGAGGUGGCCAAGCUGACCUGUUCACCGGACUACGCCUACGGCUGCAGUGGAUACCCACCUGUCAUUCCACCAAAUGCCACUCUCAUUUUUGAAGUGGAACUCCUGGCUGUUUGAGUUGAAGCUAAUUUAUCCAAUUUUUACUUUCCACCCACAUCUGACACAAAUCAUUUCGUCCAAAGGUGUUCCAGUAGCAUUUUUGAUAUGAACAAAUCAUUGUAGAAAGAAUUAUUAAAUCUUUGUUUGUUACAUGAAUUGGUUUAUCAGGAUAUAAACUGUGUCUGAACCAGUGGCACUAAAUUGGCAGAAAUCUUAAUUGUUCUUAAAGGUUGAUCAGGAUGUCUCUAAAAUGGUGUGGCAAUGAUUAUUAAUGUCAAAAAUGCAUGUCAGACACCUAAAUAAGAACAGGUUUUCUCCAGUGUCAUGCCUUGUCUGUUAAUUCCUCAGUAGAUUUGUUGAGUUGAUUGCUUCAAACUGACGCCCUGUAAACAAGCAUCUCAUGUGAAAUUGUUUAUGGUUUCAUUUUUUCACUGCUACAAUUUUAAAUCCCCAACCCUCCCACUAUUAUUCUUUAAUCUCUUUGUCAUAGUUAGAGGCCUGAAGUGUCCUUGUGUUAUGGCAUUUUGCUUAAAAUUUGUUUUGUAAUGUUUUGUUUUUUUCAUCAUGUCACAAUCCUUGGAAAUUUUCGUAUUGGUGGGUAUUGCACUCUUUGAUUAAAACAAGAAGAUACAAUA